UUCCGUUCCGUUCCGGCUGCAGGCGCUCGGCGCACGGGCCUAGGUGGACCGCGCCCAGCCGCAGGCUGAGGCUGCGGACGAGAUGCCGGGAGGGCCUACGCGUCAGUGAGCCAAGCGGCGCCGCGUCGCAUCUGCUGCUGGACCCCGCGCCUCGUGAUCCCGCUCUCCAGGGCAGUGAGCCAUAGCCAUCUCCUUCUCCGUCCCCCCGCAGCCGCCGAGACGCGAAGCGCGAGCGUGAGGAGACCAUGUCACGGUGGCGCGCGGCAGCCUCCAGCAUCUCCGCCGCCACCGCCGCGUCCCGCAACUCCGCAGCGGAGGCCCGCGUCCUCUCCAGGGCCUUGGCGAAGGCUCCCUCGCCGCUUCCGCUUCCGCUUCCUCUCCAAACCCUCUCGAGAACCUUCGCCAAGUCAGCUGCCGCCGCCGCGACGGCUACGUCGCCCCGCCCUGGCGCCUCCCCGCCCGCUGGGCUGAGGCCCGAGAUCAGACUGAAUUCUAUGUUCUUAUCCAAGCCCUGUUCAUUAGCGUUGCCGCCUGACUCCCCUCAUAGAGCAGUGGAUCCACAAUACAAAGGCAUCAAGCGUUUCCUGCUUACACUGUUACUGUUCUACAGUAAGCAAAGCAAGUCCAUCAGAGGAGCAAAUGUUGUUUAUGAUCGAAUCACUUCUCAAGUUGAUGCACCUGCAAUUUAUGAUGUUUUUCAGUUGGAGAAAACAUUUAAGACAACAUUUUCAUUGCUUGUUCUUCAUAUGUGGCUUGUUCUACGCCGCUUGAAGGAAGAAGGGAAGGAUGGUGUUAAGUUCGGACAGUACAUCUAUGAAAUGUACAACCACGAUGUAGAGCUCAGAGUUUCAAAAGCUGGGGUUAACUUGCUCUUGAUAAAAUGGAUGAAGGAGCUAGAGAAAAUAUUCUAUGGAAACAUUGUGAAGUAUGAUGCUGCGAUAAGCCCAGAGGCUCGUCAAGAUGAUCUUGUAAAUGUCAUCUGGAGAAAUAUUUAUGCUGAGGAAGGUUCAGAGGUUAUGGAUGCGGCUGCUGCCCCUGCUGUCCAGGCAUUGGCAAGAUACACACGAAGGGAGGCAACUUGUCUAUCAUUGACUGACAAAGAUUCUAUGUUCUCUGGGAACUUCAAAUUCACAACCCUGCUGCCGGCAACUCCCAGUUCCAGCCCAAAGAAGCCUGUGCGAUGAACUGCCGUGGUACAUCCACAUUCCAUAUGAAGAUUUGAAAACAGCAGGAUCAGUGGAUAUCUGUCAUUCUCUCAGCAAUACAAAUAACAGGCUUCUUCCAGCAGUAGUUUAUUCUGGGGUUCUCACGAUUCAAACCCUUUUGAUGGAUAUAUACUUCUUUCUAGAUAGGAAGUUUAUUUUAUUAAUCUUACGAGAAUCUGCUCUAGUAGGCCACCCACAUGAAUGGAGCCUUUUUGUCUCUUUUUCUAUGGUAAUCUUUUUCCUUUGGCUGAUUUGGACUCUGGUCAUCGUGCCAGUGCCUAGUGGGAGGUGAUAGAGAAAGUAACCAUACAAAUGCAUUGUCUAAAUAUGUACUUUUGUUUGAAGCCAUAGCUGGAUGGUUUGGGAAAGAAUGCAGAUGCGGUCAGCUUUA